AGAAGCAACAGGAAAUGACGUCACAUUGCUACGUGUCAGGAAAUUGUAUGUUGUCAACAUGGCGGCGCAGCAGAACGAUGUCGAUGAAUUAUUCGAUGUGAAAAACGCGUAUUACAUUGGCAGCUAUCAACAAUGUAUCAACGAGGCUCAGAAAGUGAAGCCAACGUCACCAGAGAAGGAAACUGAAAGAGACGUGUUUUUGUACAGAGCGUACAUCGCCCAGAAAAAAUAUGCUGUUGUCUUGGAUGACAUCAAGGCAAACUCGUCACCAGAGCUCCAAGCUGUUAGGAUGUUUGCUGAGUAUAUGUCAAACGAAGGAAAAAGAGAUGCCAUUGUUGACGAGCUAGAUAAAAAGAUGGUGAAGAGUGUGGAUGCUGCCAACACCACCUUCCUAGUAAUGGCCGCCUCCAUCUACUUUCAUGAGAUGAACACUGACGCAGCACUGAGGACGCUGCACCAAGGAGAAAGUCUGGAGUGCAUGGCCAUGACCAUUCAGGUGUUGCUAAGUCUUGAUCGUGUUGAUUUGGCAAGAAAAGAACUGAAGAAGAUGCAGGAGCAAGAUGAGGAUGCUACGCUAACACAGCUAGCUACUGCCUGGGUUAAUAUAGCUGUGGGUGGUGAAAAGCUGCAGGACGCCUACUAUAUUUUCCAGGAGAUGUCAGACAAGUAUUCGUCUACACUGCUUCUUCUCAACGGGCAGGCGGCCAGUUACAUGGCUCAGAAUAAGUGGGAGGAGGCUGAGGGAGUGCUACAGGAGGCGCUGGACAAGGACAGCAGCCACGCUGAGACGUUAAUCAACCUCAUAGUACUGACUCAGCACCUGGGCAAAGCUCCUGAGGUGACCAAUCGGUACCUCUCUCAGCUGAAGGACGCUCACAGAGCCCACCCAUUUCUGAAGGACUACGUUGCCAAGGAAACUGAGUUCGACAGACUGGCCAUGCAGUACACCUCCAGUGUUACAGCGUAGAGCGUCUGCUCCGACAACUGGACGGUGGAUUUAAAUACAGCACCACCAGAACUUAACUUUGGCUCUAUAAAAAAAAAACGCACACCAGAAAAUACGAUGAGAUGAUGAUGUUGGUAUCCAUUCCUUUUAACAAAUAUGUUUGUUGUAAAGUUUCAUUUGACAUAGUAAUAAAUGUUUGAUAAAUGUCA